AUGGCAUUGUUUAAUCCCGUUGCCGACCUAAAGCCAUUUAAGACCAUGUGGAGAGUAAGGGUGAGUAUUGUCCGCUUAUGGAAACAAUACUCUGUUGCCGGAGGCCUCACCAUUGAAAUGGUGGUUAUUGACCCCAAUGGGGAUAAGAUUCAUGCAAGUGUGAAGAAGGAGUUGGUCAACCAGUUCGAUCAGUUGCUUGAACAAGGGAGAACAAUCACUUUAACCAAUUUCUCCGUCAAUCAUUCUGUGGAUUUGCCUGGACGUUUGAAUGGAUUCACACCUGUUGGUUUCCGUCAAGUUCUCGAUGGAAGUCUCAACCCUGACUUCCUGAUUGACCUGAUCGGACAUGUUGUUGAAGUAAGUCAUGUUGAGAUGAUUUCUGUAAAUGGAAAAGAUACUAUCAUCAAGCGGUAUAAGUUGCACUUGGUUGUAUUUGACAAUACUGGAACUUCGAAGUUUAUCUUAUUUGACCAUCUUGCUCGGAAGUUACUUAAUCAACCUUGCAUAGAGCUGACAGGUCCCCUUGCCGAGAAGGACCCGUAUUUGCUGCCUUUGGCUCUCUUAAACCUAAUUGGUAAGACAUAUUUGUUCAAGAUUGAAAUUUUAAGAGAAAAUUUCAUUUACAAGCAUGACACCUUCAAAGUCAACAAGAUAAUGACGGAUCUUGAUGUCAUCUCUGAGUUUGUCUCACCAAAUCCCCUAAAGGGAUCCUUAAUGCUAAUGAGCGAAGGUUCGUCGCAGCAACGUGAUCCAAGUGAUCUAACCCCAGCUAAACGUAGAGGAGGACCUGAUGUGAAUUUGGAUGAAGAACCCUAUUUGAACUCUGUUACGAAAUCAGGCAUCACUACUCGGAUCAAGAAGGAAAAGCAUGACAAAAGUGGCUAG